AUGAGUUUAGGAGUGAGCAGACGAAUGCUGACAAACUCUUUCAACAAGGUUACAAACCUAGUGGAGAAGGGUCGUAAGAAGUGUGAAGAGUACUGGAGCGACACCAAACCCCAGAGUUACGGUAACACCACCGUGGAGUGUCUGGGUAUUGUAUCCUUCCCCGACUACAAAGUCCGGAAACUUUCCGUCACACAGGGUUCAGGUAAGUCGCGGAUAGUAACUCACUACCAUUACGAGGGAUGGCCUGACCACGGUGUACCUGAUACUCCCACUAGUAUGAUAGCCUUCGCUAAACGGGCCUUCUCCGACAACCUCCAGGGACAAGGUCCCAUAUGUGUACACUGCAGUGCGGGUGUGGGGAGGACAGGGACUAUCAUCUCCCUCCACCUCCAGAUGGAGAACGUGAAGAACAACAACAAGAUCAACAUAUACGACACUGUGGUGCAGUUGAGGAAGUGCAGGAAGAUAAUGGUCCAGACUGAAUCCCAAUACGUGUUUGUCUAUCAAGCUGUUAACGAGUUGUUGAGAUGUGGAGAUACUGAGAUAUACGCCCAGAUGCUCUCCCACGCGUACAGAGAUUUGAGGAAGACCGUGUCAGGCACAGAUAAAACUGGUAUUCAGGUAGAAUACCAGAGACUGGUUUACAUUGCUAAAGAGGACUCCAAUGGCAAGUUUAUAGAAGCUACAAAAGAGUAUAAUCACAAUAAAAACAGAUAUCACAACAUCCUGCCUUACGAGAAGAACCGAGUCAAACUUGCUUAUCAGGCUACAUUUCCUCCUACCACGAGAAGAACGUGGUACAUCUCGACCCAGGCUCCUAAGACGGGAACCGUUGUCGACUUCUGGAAGAUGAUAAUACGAGACAGGAGCCUGUUCUAUAUCGUCUGUAUGACUAUUGUUGUCGAGGAAGGUAAGAUAAAGUGUGCCCAAUACUGGCCGCUACAAGAGCAGGAAGAAGUUGAGUACGGAUCCUGCAAGAUAAAGUUACUGGCAGUGGAUGAAGGUCCUGAUAUAACGAGGAGGGAGUUGUGUGUAACCCACUCCUCAGACGGCUACAAGGCUCUCCGACUUGUCAGAUUAUGGCACUUCACGACCCUCACAGAAAAGAGCAUGAAGUUGGGAGGACUGGCCAUGAUAGGGGCAAUAGAGAACAUGGCUCGGUGGCAGAAACAACAGGGCAACAAGCCGGCUGUCGUGCACUGCGGUGGUGGGGUUGGGAGAGCUGCUGCUUUCAUUGCUAUUGCUAACUGUCUCGAACAGCUAAAGUUAGAAGGAACUGUGGACAUUUUCCAGACCGCCCUGCAGCUGCGUCGCUCCCGACCUUUCAUGGUUCAAAGUGUAGAUCAGUACGACUACAUCUACAGAGCACUGGUGCAGUAUGUGGACAGCUUUGAUAAUUACGAGAACUUCAAAUAG